AUGGAGAAGAUGAGCUCGUCGGUGCAGUCCUGGGCGGACCAGCACAAGCUCGCCACCGUCGGGGCGAUGUGGACGACGGCGGUUGGCGCCUCGGUGGCGUGCGGCCGGCGGCGGGGCAAGGCGGCGGGGUUCACGGUCGCUGCCGCACUCGGCGGAGCGGCGCUGGCGCACCAGUACUACGCAGCCAAACGGAGGGAGGAGGAGGCGAGGUGCUUCGAGCUGGACUUCUACUCGCAGCUGCCGGCGGCCACCGGCGAGGACGGCCAGGAGAACGAGCGGUGGAGCUACUAG